GUGCGCAUUCGUAAUCUGUCGUCGAUAUCGACAGCAGUGUCCCAGUUGUUGAACGGUUGUUGCCGGUUUUUCUGAAUUUGUUGGUUCCUCAAUUGGCUAGUGCCUUUCACUGACGCUUCUUAAGCGGCUUAAAGUCUUUAAGAGCUUUACAUAUUUAGUUCUAUUGUGCGUUAAAUUGAACUGCGGUUGAGCUCGUGAAUGAGUCCAUCUAAGCAACACUUAAAAAUUUAGCAGCUCUGUCGCCCCUUUCACACACAGUUACAGAUAUACAUUGAAAAACGUGCACACGGAAUUACUCCUGUUCCUGUUCCUUAUUUUAUGUUUAACUGGUGUGUUCUCCCAGAUUCUUUGAUACAAAAAUGGAUAAGCGCUCAACGACGGCAGCAGCAUUUUCAAUAAACUACUGUGAAAUUUAAUUAUAUAUUAUUAUUUAUAAUAUAUAUGGUUAACAAUUUGAUACUGGAGCCAACAAAGCAGACGUGUUCCACGUAAACAACAGAUAACUUCCCGAAAAUCAACAAAAAAAAAAACAUAAAAAAGCAAAACAUUUCCAAGAGAACAAACAAAGCGAAACUUGAACAAUAAAAUCAAAUAAUUUUAGUUGAAAGAACAAGCAGAAGAAGAAGAAAGCGCACAUCUUAAAUUACAUAACUGCUUCCUAAGUAACGUAAGCGCAAGGGUUAACAUAAGGAUAAUAUAUACAUAAAUAAAUACAAAACAUAAAAAACUCAGCAAGAACAACGCAACGAACAUGUCACACGCCGUAGCCAAGAAAACAGAAACGGAAAACUGCAUCAGCAGCAGCAGCAGCAGCCUCAAACAGUCGUCACAGCCCGCACAACAACCGCACAGCAGCAGCAACAACAGCAACAGCCACAGCCACAACAAUAGCAACAGCAACAGCAAUGGCGAUGCUGGAUUUUCACUGAUGAAUGGCAACCACUCAUCGCAUCAGCGCAGCAAUGGACUCACUGCAGCGGCACAUGCAGCAGCUGCCAGCUAUGCCAACUCCGGCAGCGGAAGUGGUUCCGGCAAUGCUGCAGGCAUGUCAACGGUAGCCGGUAGUGCUGGUACAGCCGCAGCCGGUCUCAAUGCGGCUCUGUUGAAUGCCGUGCCUGCCACAGCGCUGCCCAGCAAUGGCGGCCUGCAGUCGCCCUAUGAGCGCUACAGAGCCGACGAUGCCAGUUAUGUGCCCAUCGGACAGUUCUAUGCCGGACGCAGCGUAUUCAUUACAGGCGGCACUGGCUUUAUGGGAAAGGUGCUCGUUGAGAAACUGUUACGCUCAUGUCCGGAUAUAAGAAAUAUAUAUCUUCUGAUACGACCGAAACGCGGUCAGGAGGUCUCGGCGCGCCUUACGGAACUCCUAAAUGCACCGCUUUUUGAAUCAUUGCGUCGCGAGAAGCCCAAGGAAUUAAGCAAAGUUAUACCCAUAUCCGGCGAUAUUACAUCUGAGGAACUGGGCAUCUCUGAGAGCGAUCAGAGCCUACUUUGUCGCAAUGUUUCCAUUGUAUUUCAUUCAGCUGCCACUGUGAAAUUCGAUGAGAAACUGAAACUGUCUGUCACAAUCAAUAUGUUGGGCACGAAACGUUUAGUUGAGCUGUGCCAUCGUAUGAUGUCCCUAGACGCCUUGAUUCACGUUUCCACUGCCUAUUGCAAUUGCGAUAGAACCGAUGUAUCAGAGGUUAUCUAUGCACCACCCUAUAAUCCCGAUGAUAUAAUCUCACUAAUCAACUGGCUUCCAGAAGAUAUACUCGAUCAGCUGACACCGCGCCUCAUUGGCAAACGUCCCAAUACGUACACAUUUACAAAAGCCUUAGCGGAGCAUAUGUUACUUAAGGAGGCUGGAAAUCUGCCCGUUGCCAUUGUGAGGCCCUCAAUUGUGACUGCCAGCCUGAAUGAACCGUUCGCUGGUUGGGUGGAUAACUUUAAUGGGCCAACGGGUCUAGUCUCGGCGCUGGCCAAGGGCAUGUUCCGCACAAUGAUGUGUGAGAAGAACUAUGUGGCCGAUAUGGUACCUGUCGAUAUUGUGAUUAAUCUAAUGAUUGCCGCCGCCUGGCGCACAGCGACGCGUAAAUCCAAUAAUUUACUCAUUUACAAUUGUUGUACCGGUCAACGUAAUCCCAUCAUAUGGUCUGAGUUUGUCAAAUUUGCCAUGACGAGUGUGCGCAAACAUCCCUUGGAGGGUUGUCUGUGGUAUCCAACUGGCGACCUGCGCAUGAAUCGUCCAAUGAAUACGCUGAAUUGUUUACUAAAACACUUUUUACCGGCCUAUAUACUGGAUGGAGUGGCGCGCAUAAUGGGAAAGAAACCAUUUGUUGUCAACGUACAAAACAAAAUUGCCAAAGCUGUAGAAUGCUUAGAAUACUUUGCCACACGUCAAUGGCGCUUCAAGGAUGACAAUGUCCAUGGGCUGCUGCACACACUCAGUCCCAAGGAUCGUGAGAUAUUCAUCUUCGAUGUGCGCAACAUCAACUGGGAUAAGUAUGUGGAGCGUUAUGUUUUGGGCUUCAGGGAAUUUCUGUUUAAGCAACGGCCCGAAUCGUUGCCCGCCAGCAGAAAGCGCAUGGUCAGACUGUACUAUCUGCAUCAGCUGGUUAAAGUGGUUGCUGUGCUGCUCACCUGGCGUUUUCUGAUGUCACGCUCGAAGCGUCUGAAUGAUAUGUGGAGCGCAUUUCUGGAAAAUGCGUUGAAAAUAGCGCGCUUAAUACCAUUUUUGUAAUAAUGCGGCUGCGUUGAUCUGAUGACCGAGACAAACAGCAUAAGUCUUGUCUGGUGAUGUUCUUCUUUGCAAUUUCUAAAUGCUUUAAACAUGGCGUACGUUUUAGAGGUUUUUAGCAAAUAAUUAUAAUCAUAUUUUUAUAUAUGUUAAAACGAGUAAGCAAAACCACAACAACAAUGCAUCGGGUGAAUAAAAUGGCAUUCACAGACACAGACGCAUACACAAAUACACACACAAACACACAUACACAUACACAUAAAUACACACAAACACACAUAAAAUGCAUCAAAAUGCAGCUGCAGUGCCAGCAGAACACAGGUGUACCUGUCCGCUGUCAGGUGUGACGCAAUUGUGCAAUUUUUGAGAUACUUUUAUGCCUCUCCAGGGUGUCGGUUCUCUCGUUGGCGAGUUGAAGACGUAAAUUUUGUAAAUUUUGUGCAGUCAACUAAGUAAAAAUAAAAAUAAUAAUAAUACAAAUAAAAGUAAAACUAAUAAUGAAAAUUAAAAGGAAAAAAAAAACAAAAAAUAAUACUAGAUUCUAAUUAAAUGGUAUAUAGAAUACUUAUAUACAAAUAAAUUAUUCCACCUUCGCGUAAACAGACAAAAAACAAAAACAAAAAAAAAAAAACAACACUUGGGACGGCGAUAAAUUCGUACUAAAUCUAUUAUGGAUUAUGGAUAAACAUAACUAUGUCAAAGAUAAUGAAGCAAUUUGCAGUAAUUAGUGAAUCCGACAAACACAUUUGCAAAAAAAAAAAAAACUAUUUA